UUCUGUCUCGCAAACAAGGCGGACCACGUGUGUUUCACCAGGAUAACAACAUCGACUGUACGGACUAUAUUUUUAAUGUGACUUACGGAUUAAACCUGGAUUAACUUUUAAGGACAUUGAGGAUGAAUAUCAUUUUCUGUUGAGCAUUGAGAGCUAAGGCGCACUUUCAGUACAAUGAGGUUGAAACCGGUGCAGGCUAAGACAGGAAAUGUGUACUGGAAUUUACGAUGAAAACUUGGAUAGUUACACACAUAUGCCUCGUUAUUUCGGCUCUUAUCGGAUACUGCCUCGGCCAAAACGUCACCACGGAAGAAAUCAGCAACAUAACUCAGGUGCUUGACAGACUGCUGACUGGUUACGACAAGAAGCUACGACCAGGGUUCGGGGGACCUCCUCUCGUAGUUGAUGUGUGGAUGAGCGUUAGAAGCAUGGGACCUAUAUCUGACGUAGCUAUGAUGUACUCGAUGGACUGUUACUUCCGGCAGACAUGGGUUGACUCGCGGCUUUCCUUCACUGGCAAUAUGGAGAAGCUUCAGCUGAACGUGGCCAUGCUGAAGGAGAUAUGGAAGCCAGACACGUAUGUCCUGAAUGGGAAGGGCUCCUAUCUUCAUGUUAUCACAGGGCCAAAUAUAUUGCUCAGAAUCGAUAAGCAUGGAAGGAUACUUUACUCCAUGAGAUUGACAAUCAAAGCUACAUGUCCUAUGCACUUAGAAAAGUUUCCGAUGGAUCUGCAAUCAUGUCCGCUCCAAGUAGGCAGUUAUGGCUACACCCAAGAAGACAUCCACUACCAAUGGAAGAACGGGCCAGCGGAUUCUAUAGAGAUGGCCGACGGAAUGACUUUGUCACAGUUUGACUUGAUGGGUCACCCAGCUCGGAAUGGCACCUUUCUGCUUCAAGAUGCACAAUAUUCCACACUGAUUGUCCAUUUCGAACUGCAACGCCACAUGGGUUACUUUGUUAUCCAAGUCUACCUCCCGUGUAGCCUGCUAGUGGUACUGUCCUGGGUGGCUUUCUGGAUCAACAGGGAAGCUACAGCAGAUAGGAUAGCACUUGGCAUAACUACAGUACUGACAAUGGCUUUCCUUGGUAUAGACAACCGCACAAACCUGCCCAAGGUCUCCUACUCGACGGCCAUCGACUGGUACCUUGCCACGUGCUUCGCCUUCGUCCUGGCCACAAUAAUCCAGUUCGCGGGCGUGCACUACUUCACCAAACACGGCAGUGGCGAGUUACACCUGAUGCUCUUGGAUGACGAAGAGGAAGAAGAAAGGAAGCAAGAAGCACGCAACUGCCACCCUGUGAGCUACUACAACAAGUACAGCGACAGAGAUGGCGACCCAGCGAGCCGCGAAAAACUCAACGGCGACACCAACACGGGAAUCGAAUACGAAGCGAGCGAAUGGAUGAUGAACGAUAAUUGCUGUAUGAAGUUCUUCAACUGCCUGAGAGGCAGCGCCAAAUACAGGGACAUGAAGUCACGAACAUCAAAACGUGGGGUGAAUUCUGUCAGCAAAAUUGAUAGAAUAGCCCGGGUUCUGUUUCCUGGAUCGUUUCUGUUUUUCAAUAUCUGCUAUUGGACGGUUUAUCUGAGGAUUUUAUGACGACGAUGUACGGAAGGCCUGGAUUGUCCAAAGUUACCUUUAGAAAUGUAGGAUAGUCUGUUAACUUUUCAGCAAUCUGGUGAAAAUGAAAACAUGGCGUGAACGUAUGUCAAAGUAGUGUCAUGUUCUCUCUCAGAACAAUACUGAAAUUGAAAUUUUAAUUCUAUCCAAAAAGAAGCUCUAGUUAUCGAAGUAGCGGGUAUGGCUGUAGAAUCGGUCCAUUUGAAAAUUCACUAUCACCGGCUUACGUUCUAUUGUAUAUACUAUAUCGAUUACGAGUGCAUGGUGGCAGUCGAAAAUGAUACAUGCUUUUCACUUUGAACUGCAUAUAUUUGUCUUAUAUUAUGACCUGUUCCUCGAUGCAUGUAUCAAAAUGACUAUGUACAGUGCAUUCUUGAUCAUCGUAUUAUUUUCGAUUUAGGUGUAUUUCUUUUGAGCGCAUUAUCAGGUUUCGAUAAGAUGUUCUAAUCUUCAGUGUUGUGAUUUGGUCAUCUCAGUGGGCCAUUCUAAAGGACCACAUUGGUUUCUUUUGUAGAUAUGCAUGUGACAAAAGGACAGAGUCCCAAGCAUCAAGUGAGCCACGUUCCAAAUCCAGUAACAUACAUACAUGUACCUCAAGAAAACUCUGACGAAAAAAAAGCAAAGAAGCAAAUACAUGAUUACCGAAUUGUCCGUCGCCGGUCUUAAAAAGUGACCAAUCUUCGUACUUUCCGAAUUUUCAUCCCAAUAUUUUCAUAAUCUUCAUCUUUUCAGAGUUUUAUCACAUGAAAAUCAAACACGGUGUUCUGUACUUAGAAGUGAGAGUUCCAUUAAAUAUUCAGGUUUCUGUUGGAGACAGAUUGGCGACUCUGUACAAUUGGCGACGAGUUCCUGUAACAUAAGAAUGUACACAGGCGUAUACCCUAUGAUUUUGUGGCGUUGCUGUAAAUAGAUGUACAUUUACAUGUACUGUACCUCAUGCAUAGUUUACUUCAUAUAUCAUUGUGAUCGCUGUGUAGGACAUCGUUUGCUGCAGAAACGCGCUGUAAAUACUUCAUUACUUAAUUACUUAUCAAAUAAACGUAGGCUCUACCACAUUUUCGAGGGUAGCUGUAUACAUGUAUGGUAUUGUUACUGUAAUUGUAACCAAAAGCCGCAAUAAAAGUACAUUCAACUAUCA